AUGAAAUCGAUAGCCACAGAAGGUGAGAUUAAACAAUUCCUUUCGGCUCAAUGUCACAUUGGUGCCAAAAACCUGAACGUUCAAAUGACCCCUUAUGUCUGGAAACGCCGUUCUGAUGGUAUUCAAAUUAUCAAUAUCGGAAAAACAUGGGAAAAAUUAAUUCUCGCUGCCCGUAUAAUUGUUGCCAUCGAAAAUCCUGCUGAUGUUGUGGUCAUCUCGGCCCGUCCUUACGGCCAACGUGCUGUCCUGAAGUAUGCGUCCUACACGGGCGCUCGACCCAUCGCCGUAACCGAUCCGAGGACAGAUCAUCAAGCCAUCAAGGAAGCCUCCUACGUUAACAUUCCCGUCAUUGCCUUAGCGGAUACAGAUUCGCCUCUUCGCUUUGUUGAUGUUGCAAUUCCCACCAAUAAUAAGGCCAAACAUUCAAUUGGUCUUAUUUAUUGGAUGUUGGCUCGUGAGGAAGUCGAAAAAGAGGCAGAAGCAGCAACCACUGCUGUUGUCGACAAGACGUCAACACAAUUUCAGUAUAAUACUAAUAACGAGUGGGAUAAUCAAGAUACUGUCAACGAGUGGGAUGCAUCGGGGACCACAGCACCUGGUGGCGUCAAUCCUAGCACUGCGUUAUUGGCCAAUGUCCAUUCCACGACGUUUACAGCCACUGCGGAUGACGGUUGGGGUGAAAGCGAACCCACUGCUCUUACCAAUGUUCCGGAUACCACCACUUUUGAUUCAUCAUUUGAACCCCCCACCAGUAGUUGGGCUGACGAGACACCCGGAACAGGAGGGUGGAGCUCUACGGUUGAUAAAAGUAAUGAAGCGUGGGGUGAUGAGGGCAAUGAGACGACAGCAUGGAAAAGUGAAGAAAAAACUGAACCCGGAAACGAGAAUGCCGGAACAGCCGACCGGAAGUUAACCUUCAACGACGAUGACGAAGACGAAGGUGGAGUCGUAAGGACGGCUCGUCAACUCACCAAUUUUGAGGAUACACCAACACCAACGGCUUCAAUCAUUCAACCUCCGACCGAAGCUUCCACCCCCCAACCUUCUGAAACAGAAACCGACUCAACCUUUUUGAGGCCUCACAUAGCGUCGAUGCCCAAGUCGUCGUCAUUGCUUCGUCAGACUUCGCUCACGUCCGCGGUGUCGACGCCCGGGGAGAAUUUAAACACAAACAAUAACAAUACACCGCUUGAAGUUGAAUCGUCGGUUGCGAAUUCUCCCGAAAUUGAAGAAUUAGAGGGGGAAGAAGGAAUGGAAGAGGUGGAGAUUUCUCGCACCGAAGAGAAGCACGGUGAUCUGGGUUAUGGAAAGCAGAAGGAUGAGGACGACGACUUAUUUAACCGACCGAUAAGCAGUUUCGGUGAGUCCAACGAAUACAUUAACAAGUCGAGCGGUUACGAAGAUCAGGCUAAUGAAGACCACGAGGAAGAAUAUGAAGAUGAACAAAAUGAGGAUUACGAUGACAACCGAAUAGAUGAAGAAUAUGACGAAAACAUUGAAGAUUAUGAUGGACCAAGUGAUGAAGAUGGCGAGCAAAAUGAGGAAUAUGGAAAUUCGGUUCAAGGUUAUGCCGGGCAGCUCAGUGAAUAUGAGGAAGACCCAAGCAGCGAUUACGGUCGAGCCAGUGAAUAUGGUGGACAAACCAACUCUUAUAUAGGCAGGACAAGCGAUUACGAUGAAGGACAAGAGAACAAUGAUGGAUAUGGCGAAGCACUGAGCGAAUAUGAAGAGCACAGUAGUGACUAUGGUGAGCAACAAAGCGAUAACGAGGAACAGAUCAACGAAUUCGUCGGACAAUCCGAGGAGCGUACGGAUCAACAACACAUCACAUAUCAUGAUCAAGUGACAGCCUUCGUCGAUCAAAACAGGGAAAUUCUUUCGGAGGCGAAGGAGGUUGAGGAGGGUGAGUACGAAAAUUUGGGUCAGAUGCAAUAA